GGAAAUAUUCUUACUUGUGGAACUAAUGUGGUAUCUUUUCAUUGUCUUCGUGUUGUUCUGUUUCCCAUUCAAUUAUUUCUGUCAGAACACAACACGUGAAUCAGGAAGAACAACUGAUGGCGUCAAAGAGGUUUGUAAUGGUAAUGGCAACACAACAGAGGUAAAUCUUGUAGAGGGGGAAAGCAGUAGGCUGCGGUGUGACGUCACAUUAAAUUACACUUCUAACCCAGACAUCCGGUGGUUUGCCAGUAAUAACAACAAGGAAAACACAUUUCUACAUAUCACGGGGGAAAUACUUAAAAUUAGCAACAUAUCUAGAUCAUGUGUGCCCAGAACAUAUCGUUGUGAAAGUUUCAUCUCCGGAAGAUCAGUUUGCAAUCAAACAUUUGAAACAGUUGUGCUAGGUCCGCCAUUAGUUUAUAUUUACAUGGAGAAAGAAAACAACAUGGAUAAAACAAAAAUUUAUAAGGAUCACUUGGAAAUUGCUUUGGAUAAAAGUUCAGCUAAAAGAGGAAUUAUCUGCUCAGUGGACUCAUAUCCACUUUCUAAUAUCAAGUGGUACGAACCGUCCAGACAUGAUCGUGGUGACAUGGAUAUGGGAUAUUUACUCUCGAAUAAGGAAACAGCUAUGAAGAACCAGACAUUCGGGGGCACUAUAGACGGUUAUCGAUUUGAAUUUACAGAAAACAUAAAAUUUCCAAAUAAUAUCCUCCCAACUCGAGAACUGGUGAUGAAUAUUCAGGUCGGUGACACGCAAGAUUACAAUAGGACGUAUACAUGUUAUGCUGAAAAUGAAUACGGUUAUGAUAAAUGGGAUAUAAGAAUUGUCGAAGAUACCAUUUAAAUAUGGAAUGAAAAGUACCCUUCGACAAACUUUUGAAACUUUUCUUAGAUUUUGUUUAUACUGUAUUUGAAACAAACAAAAAUAUUUUGAAUAUAAUAUAUCAAAAAGUGAAAUGUUUUGCAAAACUACGGGUGCUUCUAUGUGCGGGAUUCCAACAUUUGUCUGUACUCUUGGGAAUAUUCAUGUUCAGCCCGAAAUCCAUUCAGUUGUCUCAGCAUCUUCACAAUUUAAUGUCAAGCUUUUGUCACAAAAUGUUGAUAUUGUGAAGAUAGUGACUCGUUAAAACCAAAACUUGUAAUAUUUUCUUGUUCUACAUGCAUGAAAAAAGAGUUAUUUCUUUCACCAUUUCUUGUUUGUAAAUCCGCUAUAUUGUAGCCAUUUGGUAUACUAAGUGCGCUAUACCUCUUUAAACAUGCACUUUUGCCAAAAAUAAAGUCCCUGCUAGAUUUUAA